CCUACUUCAUACAGUUUCACUUUCCAUCCAUGUUUUGAACAACAUGCAAGUGAAGUACGUCCACGACUUUAGUGCGAGACGAGAGAUAUGAGAGGCAUCUAAACAGGUAAGGAGCCCAGUUUUGCCCAGCAGAUGGCGGAGCAGUGCAGGACAGUGAGGGUGAGUGGUCUGCCCACUGAUAUAAAGGAGGACCGGCUGACAGACAAGCUAUACAUCUACUUCCUGAGGGCCAGGAAUGGAGGAGGGGAAAUAGCAUCUGUCACCAUUGUCAAGGCAACACCCGGCUCUGCCCUCAUCACCUUUGAGGACAUUGGAGUGGCAAGGAGCGUGCUUCAACAUGGCCGACACAUUCUGAAGGUGGACGGGAAGAAGUAUGAACUCACCUUGAGUGAACCUCACAAAGACCUGGACCCAAAUAAGGUCAUCUUGAGCAUGUCUGUUACAGUGGACUACAGCCAGCUACCUGGAGGAAAGGCAGCAGUGACCAGCCUUGACAGGAGUCAUGAUGUCCAGAUCCACUAUAACAACCCAGAGCAGCUCUGCACCCUGCAGGGCCUCUACUCCCAGGUCCAGGCUGCACUGGCCCAAAUACUGGGGCUCCCUGGGGCCCUGGCCUCCACAGAUACACCCCCACCUGGGGCCAAUGGUGUUCUGGGAGUCCCUACUAGAGGCACUAGUGACCAAGCGAAGAGGACUCAUACCCAGGAGCCAACAGACCAUCACAGGAGAGGUGAUGAGCAGAGAGAACAAACAGAGCAGGCCAUGGGUCUAUUCUCAGGUGAUCUAGGCUCAGGCCCACAUAGGGACUUUACGUCUGGAGAUCAGGGCCUUGAGGGGGAGGGGACAGCCCAGGCAGAAGGGGGUGCUGUGGGUCUGUGUCUGUCUCAGGAACCCUCUAUGUUGGAAGAGGACCUCUCCCUGAUCAUGGAUGCAGACAUUUUCCUCUACCUGCAGAGGCACUGUGGAGAGGAGUACCAGGAGAUCCUCACCCAGCAUGGGGUAGAGGUGGUGGACGUGACCGCUGAGGGGGUGACCACCCUGUUCCUACAGAGAGUGCCCGGGGUGGGGGACAUUGGGCAGGAGCUGGAGCGUCUGAGGGGGGCUCGUGGGGACCUGAGCCGGCUCUACCAGGAGAACGAGGCCAGGCUCCGGCGAGCCCAGCUGCCCAAGAGCGUCCUCUCUCCCAGGGGAGGCCUGUCCAAGGCCAUGGAGAGCCUGCGGGUCAGGCUGCCCAAGCUGCUGCUCAGUGAGGAUGACAGGAACGUCUACAUAGUUGGCAACAGCAGCGAUGUGUCCGAAGCCAAACAGUUCCUCCUCCUGGGGGAGAGAGAGGAGGCGGUGGAGGAUGUAGCCAGCUUGUUACGAUCUCCCUCAUCCACAUCUGGUUCCUCCAAGCCAGGGGAAGAGGAGAGACUCACACCCACUCUCUCCUCCACAGCAGGAACACCCCUGGACGGCAGGAUAGAUAAGCUGCUAAAGCAAUAUGAGACAGAGAGAAGGACAGAUGGGGCCCGAGGGUAUAAGUUUGCCCCCCGCUUCAAGGCAUUAGGGCCAGCUGGGCUAGGGACCAGACCUAGGGACACAGUGACGGUAGGGGACCCAUCUCUAAGUAUACGACCAGGCCUUGGACCCAUGUUAGGCCAUGACCUGUUUGGCUUAGACAGAGCAGGGUCAGGUGUUGGGGGACUCUCCAGGCCAGGUACACAGAGUAGUGGAGAGGAUAUCCUGUUCAAGAGAUGUGACCCCCUGUUCACCCCCUCCUCUAUGGAGAAUGGACUCUUCCUGAGCUCAAAACCAACAGACCUUAGGCAGCAGGGUGAGACAGCCCCAUUCACCUCAACUCUGAACACCUUGUCAGGGGGCAGCACCACCACCAUCUCACCCUCCGGGUCAGGGUCCACUCUAAAGCGGGCCAGUAGUUUCUCGGGGCGGGCCAGGUCCAAGGUCCAGGACCCAGGACAAAGUGAGGCUGAGAAACCCACAACCAGAGCCAGGCGGUCCAAUAGCUUGGACAGGAGAAAUGCCUACUGUGCAGAGCUAACCAUUUCCAUGGUGAUAUGGAAUUACAUGAAGGAGGCCUACGCCACCCGUAUACAGGACAUGACCUCUGACCUGCAGAUGAGGGAGAGCCAAUCAGACAAAAGCAAUGACAUCACUGUCAUCCUUAGGGGGGCGGAGUCAUCUGUGGUGAGCACCUGUCAGUUGGAGAUGCAGAAGCUGGUUGCCAUGUUGAAGACAGACUUCUGUUUGCAGGAGUUGCGUCUGGCUGAGUUAGGCGUGUCCGACCCAGCAGAUGAGACUUUAGAGGUGUGCUGUGCUGAGGUGAGGCGACGGUUCAAGAAGGUCUCCAUCCAGACGAUGAGAGAUAGUGUGUUUCUGAUCGGCCCCAAGCAGCUGUGCUCUCAAGUGGGGGCAGCACUGAGGAAGGUGUUCCCUGGAGAGACAGGCCAGAGGGGGGGACAAGAGGACUUCUCUGUCCCCUCUACCUCCACUUUGAAUCAGUCCAGUCCAUCUCAGGUGAAUGGGGUCCAGAACUCCACACAGUUUCAGACCAAUAGCCCUCAGCGGAUGUCUGAGACUCAGAGAGGGGGAGCGGAGGGGCCUGGUGCCAGCAGGGAGGAGAAGAAAAACAUCCUAAGGAACAGCGAAUCAGAACACAAGAACACAGUUGUGAGCCAAUCACCAGCGAGGAAAGACCCUGUCAUAAAGGAGAAAGUGGAGAGGGGAGGGACCAUGGAGGCAGACGGGAGCAAGACUGACACAUUUCUCAGCCAUUCAGCGAUAGGCAACGGAGGAAGGCCGGGAGCAGUGAAUGGUGGCGGGUCAAUGUUCCCGUCAACAUCAGCAGCACAUACCAAUCAAGACAUGGUCACGCCCCCAAAAGAAAGCAACCUGAGAUCCAGAGUGACCCAGAAGGACAACAACAGACAGUCUAGUGGAGCAGAGAACCAGGAAAGGUCAGGGUCAGGGGGAGCUCUCACACGCCAUGGCUCGGGAAGGUCUAGUCUGUCUGGGGCACGGACACAGAUCUGUGUGUGUGGGGAGAGUGGGCCGUCAUUGAAAAGGACAGGGUGUGGGGUGACCCUGUGUCCACAGUGCCUUCUCAAAGUCCACGUCCAAUGCAGGGUUUGCCCCAAGGCUGAGGUGGCAGUUCCACAGGGCAUCCAGGGUAACAUGAACUACUCUGAGAUGCCCUUCAGCCUGCCAGGCCAUGGCAGAGACACCGCCGUUAAAAUCACCUACUGCAUCCCAGAUGGCAUUCAAGGGGAGGGCCACCCCUCGCCUGGCUCUGCGUUUCGGGGGGGAGUAUUCGAGGCCUACCUUCCCCUAUGUGAGAGGACCAGGAAACUUCUACCGCGGCUGGAGAAAGCCUUCAGGCUAGGCCUCACCUUCACUGUCACGGGCAGGGAGCCAGGGGCCAGGGUCAGCUGGGACAGCAUCCCCCACAAGACAAGCCUGCAGGGGGGCAAGUCUGGGAAUGGUUAUCCAGACUCCACCUAUCUGAGUCGCCUGUCUGAAGUACUGAGGGCUAAUGGGAUUGAGGAGGCACCUGCCAAGUCUCAAGACACAAACAAAACCUGACAAGGAUAGUCUUAUCUAUGUUUUUAUAAAGGUGUUUGUUUCUAUCCCGUUUUGUAAGAAUUUAAUCUGUAUGGGAAUGUCUUUUGCACUGUGUUCGUAGAAAUCUUGAACGCUUGUGUGAGUCUGUAUAAUAAUAAGCCAAUGAGUUAAGUUAUUUUGGUUCUUAGAGUUUUAUAGUUGUACUGUUGUUCAUGCUUAAUCAGGACCAACUGAUUUACACAGACAUUUUACGGAUGAUAGUAACAGGAUAUACUGAAAAAGUAUUUGAGCUACUAUUUUUAUUGGACCAAUAUUAGUCCUGGCAGCUAUUGUUUAUUUGAUCUUGUUGGAUGCUGUACUGUGUUUAGAAUCUCUAGAGAUUUCUGACAGUGAACAUUCCCAUCUUUAUCUUACUGUAACCGUGUUCAGUCCAUAUAUUUUCUGUACUCCCACAGCUGAUAGCAUUCACAUUCAUUAUGUAAACACACUCAAAACAUGAGCCAUAAAAUAUCAAGUAAUUGCAGUUCCAUAUUGUUUCCUCACAGUAACAUCCUAAUAACGCAGUAACAAAGCCACAGCUCCAGGUCAAAUCUUUUUUUCCGUUAUGCUUUUUUAUUAGUCCUGGAAAACAUGUAAGGCAUAUGGUAACAUUACACACUGAAGCAUUACAAGCUCUAGAGCCCAUACUGUGGACAGCAUUGCACCACGUAUUCAGUAAACCCAGAGUCAAGCACAGAAGCAGCAUCAAUUCAAAGGGUUUAAAAAACAAAGUGGAGACAACUUAGUAGAAGAGUGGAAAACAACACUAUAGAGAGAAGGAGAGAAGGAAUGAAAAGCUAGCAAACAAAUCAACCUGUAGGUAGAGUAGAUGUCGCACAGUAAACCAUGUGUGGAAACUGAGCUGUCUGGACGGAAAGUGACAAUGGACCUGUUUUUCUGAAGCGUUCCUAUAGAUGGGUUAAUGUGCAUCUUGUUAUGAGGCUGACUUGACAGUGCCAGAUGGGGAAGAGCAGGGGGGCUGGGAGUGGGUAUGGGUGCAGUGAGGAGAGGCGAGGGGAGGGGGGCUGGAGCAGGUAUAGGUGCAGUGAGUUGGCUGCUGUUGGCACCAUGAUGAAGAGGGUGGAAAGGGUAAGGGACUCCCUCUGCACAGAGCCACUACUGAACUAUACAGUGGAAGGAAUUGUGAACUAUACACACAUGCCUUUUUUCCUGGUCACCUACACACAGAUUCUAGUGUCCUGUACAUAUUGUAACAAACCUAGCCAAAUGCACCAGACACUCACAGCAUUUCUACAAAGUUGUGGAAUAUGUUGGUAGUUGGCACAUAGCAACAGUUUUUAGUGAUUGCUAAUGAAGAGCCAGAGACAGCCAGAAGUGGUUGGCUUGUUUUCUUUUAGGGAAGGGUGUGGGGUGGAUGGCUCUGGAUGUGGCAAUAAUCUCCAGACUGUCUGGGAUUAUCUUUUUAACUAGGAAUACACUCCACCAAGCACUGAGAUUGACAUGAGACUGGAAAGGAGAACGAUAUAGUGUGUGUGAGUCAGAGAAACAAAGAACAAAUGUGCUCAUGAGGUGGAUGCAAAGGUAAUUAUUUCUGAUCAAGAGUAAAGUAAGCUGUUUGGAAUGACCUGUGAGAAACCAUGUGAAACAGUGAUAUUACGACUGCCAAUCAAAGGAAACCUGUUUUUUACUUCCAGAAACAAAUCAGCACGUUAUCUAGAACAAUAUAGCUGGGCGCUGUGAUGUUUUCCAAUGCAGAAAAUUCCCUAGUUUCUUGAAGGAUCAUCUCUGGUUUUAGAGCUCUUACAUAAGAAUGUGUGUCUGGCUGGAAAAUCAAUUCAAGCUGACAUACAACGUAGAUUCACCAAGCUGGAAAAGCAAUCGGGCGCUAGGGGUUGGGAGGAGUGGGUUAGGGCUCAGGCACAGCCAACAACAGAUUCAUCCUCCCCUCUCUGACACCCAGUUACACCCCUUGCCCUAGCCAGUCACAACACCCACCCACCCGUGUGCUGCAGCUGAGUUCAUCUAAGAGACCUUUUGGUUCAAUCAAACAGGAAGAAAAACAUUGAAUCAAAUGUCAUAUAAUCUCUGCACCACAUGCCAUUGGAUGCAUGCAAUUUAAUUCCAGAUGUUAAUGUGAUGUGUGUGUAUGGAGAGGGGAGAGGGCGGGGCUUUGGCUAACUGAUAAUUGACUAGAACCAAAGAGCUCUUGAGGUGCAAUAGAGGAUAGCGGAAUGUCUGAGACCAACAGGCCGUAUGUGAACUGGGAUCGGCUUUAGGGCGGAUAUGUUGCGUCUGGGACAGGCCAGGCCUGAGCUGAGAUCAGAGGUAGAGCUGGGUUUCCAUCUGUGCAGCUGUGCCAUAUGGCCUCGCUAUCUGUCUGUGUGGACACAUCUGCUACCUCACUCUCUCUCUUCCCAUACAAACCAUUUGGAAUCAGGCUAAGAGAAACAAAAAAAAUGUAUGGUGGUGUUCACAAAGCUAAGCUAGAGAGAGGAGAAUGAAAGAAAUGCUCCAUGAUUCAAUGAUUCACCUGGUCAUGUAUAUUUUUGAAUGGAUCUGUUUUAUUUAUCUUUUUCGUUUUUUGUGGUUGCAAUUCUAAGAGGAUUUUAGUUUGUGUGCUGUGCUGUGCAGCCUAAUCGUCCAUGCACCUUGUCCUUGCACUCUUCACUGGGAUGGAGUUAUGGAGAUUAUACGGUAUGGUUGUAAACGCAUAGGCCUAUCGACUGAUGUGGGAUUAGUCUGUUGUAGUAGAUGUCUGAGGCCUGAUAAUACUUAACACAUUUCACUGAUCUGAGAUCAGCACAGUGAUGAGUUUGGAUAUGGAGGGAGGUGCCUCUCAACACGGUAGUGUGUGUGUGUGUGUCUGUGUGUGUGUGUGUUAGGAUCGAGGCACGAGAGCAAGACCCCAACCAAUCAGAAGCAACUAGAACCUUUCGUAAACUGUAGCAAAAUUCUAUCAGCACCCAUAAGCAUUUGGAACAGAAAUCAUACACAGAUUAACACAUUUUUGUGGUUUUGUUCUUCUACAAGGUCAUAGGAAAAGUAUCCAGAAAUGUUUUUUUCUUCUCUUUUUCAUUGAAUGCACCGUUGUAGUCAAGCCAUUGACAGAGGAGUACAUUCAGUUUGGCACAAACAGAAAGGCUCAUCACAUUGAAAAGGAAUGUAGUUAGGCAGGUCCCUGCGUAAAGAGUAUGAACUUUGAACUUUAAACCCCUUGGAAAACAAAACAAAAAAACAUAGGUCAAACAAACUAAAAUAACAUAUUAAGUAAAACAUCCUUUUACUGAAGCAUUAGCUUCUCACAUGGCAUUCUGAAAACAGAAGCACCAUCCACAGGUUCACAGAAGGAGCCCAGCAGAUCAGAACA